AGCAGCAUAGAAUUCAUAAAGAAGACAUACUGAUGUGAAUUUGUACAGCAUGCUCUUCUAAACCAUUGGAAUAUCUCUCACAAUGUUUUCGUUGUUGUCCAUCUUAUCAGUAACACCUGUGUUUGAUUUGCUGUGUUGGUCCACAGCAAUGAACCCUUUGUUGCAGACAUAGUGUCUAAAUAGUACAGGGUUUGUCCUCUGGAGAGCAUCAAUAUGCGUAUUGGAAUUUGAUGAAUAUUAUUUGUAAGUGGAAAUUUGAAUUACCGGAAUUUAAAAAAAAAAAGCUCUAUAUGCAACCUGGUCUCACUCCCAACUAGUCAAAUACCGACAGUUAGUCAGUGCCUCCUUGGACUCUGAUACAGACGCACAGAGGCACAUGACUUGUUUGUCUCUCAACGUCAACCACGCUCUUUGCCUGAACUUCAUUAAGUGGUUUUGUUGCCUAAACCUAACUUCCUGUGAAGACAGUAUUUUAUUUUGAAAAGACACUAUGCAUAUAGCCAGUGGAAAAUGACAAGCAGUCCCUGCCACAUCCAAAACUGACGCUAGAGGGGUAUCUAGACGAGCAUCAUAGUUUGAAGCUUAGCUCCAAGUGUCGGUAUUUGACGGGUUUUGAGUGAGACAUAUGCUAAUUUAAAUAAUUUUGUUUUAUGACUAUGUGACGAUAUUUUAAAGGUCUGUAUUUACUCUAUGACAGAAUAUGUCACAAUACCUGUGUAUGUGUAUUUUUCCAGUGUGAGUGUAGUUGCCCACUACAGUGUAUUUUGGGUGAAGCUGCCUGGACCAGUCAUCUAUCAGCAUGGUGUUACUCCCCACCCACCUCAGUCAGACACACCUCCUCCAGUACAACCUACUACCACACCCACCAUCCUGCCUGGGCCUUUUACUUCUGAUGGAUGUGGCCAAUCAAAAUCCUGCCUGCUGGAUCCUCCAGGCUGUGAUCCAAAAGAAGAGCCCCACUGCUUCUUCCUGUCCAUGACUACCGAGGGACCAGACAAAACGUCUGUGAUAUUUGAGCUGAGUGGCCCGGCGGAGGGAUACAUUGCCUUUGCACUGUCCUGGGACACAUGGAUGGGCAACGACGACGUGUAUAUGUGUGUUAAAGAUGGGGAUAGAGUAUCAGUGAGUGCUGCCUUCGUCAGUGGAAGAACCCACCCUGAGCACCAGUCACAGGUUGGUCUGUCCUCGGUGUCCUGGCGGCUGGCAGAUGGAGCGAUUCAGUGCAAGUUGAGCAGACCAGUCAAACUGGUCAACCAGGAACCAGCCCGCUAUGAUCUGGACCAUGACUACUUUCUGUUUCUCACCAGCGGACAUGCUCAGUAUGGUAAAGUAUGGAAACAUAGUCACCAGCCAUUAAUCUCAACCCACAGGAAACACAUCACUGGACCCCCUGAGAUCCUACGAGGCUCCCGCGGACCCAUCAUGAUGAAAAUGCAUGGAGCACUGAUGCUGUUAGCCUGGAUGCUAACAGGAAGCGUUGGUACCGUCAUCGCCAGCUUCUACAAACCUGAUUGGCCAAAUCAAACUCUGCUCGGCCAGAAAAUCUGGUUCCAGGUACAUCGAGGCCUAAUGGUGCUAACUGUGACUCUGACCAUUGUAGCCUUUUGCCUCCCAUUUUUCUACAGAAAAGGUUGGAGCAAGCAUGCUGGUGUCCAUCCAUACCUGGGCUGCUGUGUUCUAACAUUAUCUUUGAUUCAACCAACAAUGGCUGCAAUCAGACCAUCACCUGACUCACACAGGAGAUAUCUCUUUAACUGGGCCCACUGGGGGGUUGGGUCUGUGACUGAGAUCAUGGCAGUGGCAGCCAUGUUCCUGGGGACGCGUCAAUCAUCGCUGCUCCUUCCCCAGCCAUGGGCAACACAUGUUCUGAUUGGCUACGUGACAUGGCUGGCCUCAUUUAGGUUCCUCCUCCUGAUGCACAAGCACCUUUACAGCAAAAAAACAGUAUCGGGGUCAGAUGACCAACAAGCCAUCCUCUCUGACCAAUCGGAGCAUCGUCACUGGGAGUUCCUCAUAAAGUCUCUCAUCCUGACUGCCUUGGCUCUGGGCAGCUCUGGUCUCCUCGUGGCCCUGCUGUCUGCUGUUGCUGAAAUCUGACAUUUUAAUGGAAAAGAAACUCAAUUUCAAGACCAUGAUCAUUUUAAAAGUGACUUUUUAUGCGAGGCUUGGAAUGACUGUAUAACUCCAUAUUGAUAACAGAAAGUAUGAGGAACUUAACGUUAUUAUUCAACAAUCAUAUUUUAUAUAAAAACAUAUUCUAUUUUAUUAUGAAUGUUUAAUAAUAGCACUUAUAUGCCCUUAUUGAAUAAAUCAUUAAAGAAAAGUCUUUAAUCAGCACAAUAGCCUGCAGCAGAGGCUUUGCAACGCUUUUAUCUUUUGUUCUGAUUCUCAUGUACUUGAAGUAAACAAUCAGCGUUGUCUUGGUAACUGAAUACAGCUGAGUCAUUCAAAUAAAGAAAGCUAGUAUUCUA